AUGACACUACCACCAGACUUAGACCCAUACGCUACACUCGGGGUGGCCAAAGAGGCCACCCUCACUGAGAUCAGGGCCGCCCAUCGGAAGCGGGUUCUCAAGUGUCACCCGGACAAGAUCCAAGAUGAAUCGCAACGUCGUGCUGCCCAAGACGAAUUCCAACAAGUCCAACAAGCCUACGAAUUGCUUUCUGACGAAACGCAGCGAGCCAAAUACGAUCAAACAGUCAAGAUCGCCGAGCUAAAGCGCGAAUUGCUCGAACGCAGACGAACAGAUCCUUCGUACGGUUCCCCACGAGGAAGUGGAAACGGCACCCGCGAAUUCCGCAAUGGCCAUAUCGUGGAGGAGAGAGUCCCAUUGGAUGUCUACUUCGAGGAGAAGAUGCGCUUCACGGAGGAGCCACGCUCGGUGUCUCGCAAGUAUGAUGAGUUCGGUCUGCGCUCGAAGCCGAAAGCCACAGAAGAGAAGAAGAAGACUCGGACACCGUUAAGCACGUAUCGUCAAGCGAAGGAACGGAAGGAAUCAGUCAAGGCGACACAUUCCGACCGUGCGAAGACCCGCGAUCAGGAACGCAGACGGCAAGCCGAGGCGAAGCAUGACACCUUCGAACCGUACCUUGAAUCCGACGAAGAGGCAUCUGAUUCUAGUGUUCCCCGCCGUGUGUACACCCGAAUCUCAACCACGCCCCGUCGAGAGCGCGAUUCGCGGUCCCGACCUUUGGAGUCCUCCCGUCGCCGCGAACGCCGCUACGAGGAGGAAUCUGAUUUGUCGGAUCACUGGCAAUCCAAGAUUGACAGCCAGUCUUUCAGUGCGGAGGAUUAUAUCGCGUCCAAGACAGGUCGGAGUUCCAAGUCCCCACGCCGCUACCAUGGUUACGACUCGACGGAACCAGAAUCUGCCGGCGCGCGGUCCUCGGCUCGGUACACCCGCACCCGACACCGUUCAUCAUCACGCGACGACUCCUACGAACACCUGGAGACGCCACGAGCUUACGAGACCAAGCCACCCAAGAUGCAGUCCUCAGUAACCUCCCCGAGCAUCAAGGCGUCUUUCCGUCCUCCAUUCUUGACAUCCCGCUCUGCAACCGCCACCGGUUACACACGCCCAAAGCAAGGUCACAGCUCGACCCUCUACCAAAUGAUGUACGAGGAGGUGCCAUCGCGCACGUCCAAAACGCGUGAUCGCAACGACUCAGGCUAUUCCAGCCCCGGCACUCCUGAAAUGUUACCCAGAGGCAGCUCCCCGAAGAUUUCGAACACACGCUACAAGAUCGUUGAGGAACCAGAUCACAUCGUUGUCGAACCGAAAUCAUCGAAGUACCGCACGGCAAGAUCCCCCGACCGGGAGCGUCCAACUCCUACACGACAGCCACCUAAGCGAAGUAGCACGUACCAGACUUACACCGAAGCCUCGCCUCGCGCUGAAACCCGGUCUGCACGUACUACUCGCACUCAGCCGGACGUCGAAUACAUUUCCCGUCCGAAAGAGAAGGAUAUCAAGUACUCCCGGACAUACAAGCCGGAAGACGUCAGCUACUCCCCCAGGCCUCGCGCCUAUUACUGCGAGGACGAUUAUCGUCCUCCGGUGGGGAGACGCCAGUCUGCCUAUUAG